AUGACUUCAAUGGACGACCUCGAAUUCAAGCCAUCCAAACUCGGAACCAAAGACCAUUGGGACAAAGUAUACGAGAAUGAACUCGUGAAUUUUGAAGAGAUUGGCGAUGAGGGUGAAAUCUGGUUCGGCCAGGAAAGUGUGGAAAAAAUGGUCGACUGGGCUCUUGCGCACGUCCCGCCAUCUGCAGGAAAAUCGAUCCUGGAGAUCGGGAGCGGGAACGGCACGCUUCUCGUUGCUCUCGCCGAAGCUGGCUACCCGACAUCCCAUUUGUCAGGGAUCGACUACAGUAGCGAUGCCGUCAAGCUUUCCAAAGCCGUCGCCACAUCCCGGGGGACGGAGGGCAUAACGUUCGCCGAGUGCGACUUUUUAUCGGAGGAUCCGCCGAGGCUAGUACUAGAAGAUAAUGCAGAUGGCUGGGAUGUGAUGAUGGAUAAGGGGACCUUCGACGCUAUCGCACUUGCCCCGCCGGGCGACGACGGAAAGCCUCUCAUCGAAGGAUAUCCAAGUAGAGUGUCUCAGUUACUGAGUUCCGAUGGUCAUUUCCUCAUCACAUCUUGCAAUUUCACUGAAGAAGAGCUAAAAGCGAGGUUCAUCACUCCUGCGACUGGAUUGGCCUAUCAUUCCAGUAUCAAAUACCCCGUGUUUUCCUUUGGCGGUCAGCGUGGUAGUAGCUACGCAAGCAUUGCCUUUCGAAAGUCUUGA